AUGGGCAUUCGGAUUCACUUCAACCGAGCUCCACGACGACUCUUGGCUCUGUUUGGAAUCCCGAACAUCUAUGGAGCAACAAGCAAUCAGAGAGUUCAAUGGAAGAGCCAGAAGAUUCCAGGACUUCGAUGGUUCCUCGGAGGUAAAGUAAAGGGUCCCAUCUCCGACUGGACGGAGUCUACUGGUCCGCAUCCGACUGGCCAUGAUCCAACUCGCUAG